UUUGGUUCAUUCGGUUAAACGUAAAUCCAUCCACUGCAUCUACUAACUGACCAUAGUUCUUGUAUAAAACGUAAAGAUUGAAUUACCUUGCCCACAGAGUUAUUUUUCCUGAUGUGGAGAUACUACCCUUUUCGUUGUUGUGUGCCAGUUCAACUGGCUAUAUCUAUCGCAUCUGUGUUCUAUGUUUUAUAUCAUAUUUAUGCUUUUAAGCUUAAUUUCGAUCCUGUCAAGCAUUCAUUGAUCAUGGAAGAAUCGCAUAGCCAACAAUUUAAGCUGAAUCAUAGCACAAAUUUAGAACCACAACCGCAAUCACUAUCAAAAUACAACCUGAUGGAAGAGUCUUAUGGAACAAAGUGGAUCAAAACUUCAGAAACAAACUAUGAGUUACAGCUCUGCACAAUUGAGUACGCAAAUACACAAAAACUAGAGCAAGAUCAUCCUUGCGUUAUUCGUCUAAUCCGUGAUCAUUAUCUGCAUCAUCCAGCACCUAGAGAUCUCCCGUACCAUUUAAACAAGCCUGAAAUACUUGACCCUUCUGACGGGCAAUCAAAAGGAAUUCUACAUUUUCUGCGGAACCAGACAAAUGGAUUUUUUAUCGAAUGUGGUGGUUAUGAUGGCGAAUACCUCUCAAAUACCCUUUUCAUGGAGAGGGUACUGAACUGGACAGGUUUGCUGGUUGAAGCUGAUAGGAAAGCUUUCGAUCAACUUGCAACUCGUAACCGAAAGGCCUUUAUUGCACCUAUUUGUCUCAGUACAAAACCUUAUCCAAUGCAAGUACUGUACGAUGCAACUAAUACGCUGCUCAGUUCUAUAAUCGAAAACAAGCAGAGGCUCUCCAGGAACGGAGAAAAAAAUCCAAACCAAGGUUCAUCCAAUAACGAGACAGAGAAUGUUUAUAAAAUACAAUGUUUCCCAUUGUAUUCCAUAUUGGUUGCUAUCGGCAGAACGGAAAUAGAUUAUUUCAGCCUUGACGUGGAAGGGUCAGAAUUCAAAAUUCUAAAAACAAUACCUUGGCACAAAGUUGACAUCAAGACACUGACCGUAGAAUGGGAUCACACACCUGAGGGGGAAGCUGCCAUCAGUCAUCUCAUGCAGAAAAAUAAAUUCGUCAAGUUUGGGAAUAUUGAAAUGGCUUAUUCACGUGAAGUUCUUUACAUAAAAGAUUUUCUAGAGAGUCUUAGACUUUAUGAAUAAUCAUAUGAUACGAUGAAUUUCUAAAUUUGUAUUCUGUGUUAAAAUAUUAUUGUAUCAACGGACUUCGUUGAUAGCGAUUCCUUGAUACUUGGCAGAAGCAUCGAAAACUUUUUUUAAUUCCUGGGGUUUACGACACCAUGAUGGGAAGGUACAGUAUCCUCUACAAAAAAGGCUCCCCCCCCCCUUUUAGCUAAAAAAAAAAAUUCCUUAUGAGCGCUAGAUGGCAUUGUUUUUAAUUGUAAAAUACAAACACAAAAAGCAUGCAA